AUGGUGCAGGAGGCACUGGUGGUUAGGAUGCGUUCCCCGAGCCCUGAACGGGUGAAGGGUAACGAGGUUGUGCGAUUAGGUCAGACGGGGCCUGUGUUGCAUUUGAAGACCCCUAGCCCUUUGAGGGCAGGGAUUGGAACCAAUGCCAGAUCGGUUGCCCAUGCAGAGACCGAGAGCGGGAUGCGAAAGCAACCGCCCCAGCUGUGUAGAAAUACGGCCGCUGGUCGGUCUAACAUAUCAAGAUCAAAAGAGAUAACACAUUAG